GACAAUAGAGAUGACUGCUAAGUUUAUAAUUCUCAUGCUUGUUGGUGCUCUUAUGUGCACCGUUAAUGCCAGGAAACUUGGGAGUGAAAAGGGUAAUUCUUUUGAGGAUGAGAAAACCUUCUUCCGACGUCCAAGAUUUGGUGGCGGUCUUGGAGGCGGAGGCGGUCGUGGGUUUGGAGCUGGAUUUGGUGGAGGUGCUGGUGCUGGUGCUGGAGGUGGACUAGGUGGAGGUGGCGGGCUUGGAGGAGGAGGUGGAGGUGGGUUUGGUGGUGGAGGAGGAGUAGGUGGUGGUUCCGGUUUUGGAGGAGGAGCUGGAUUUGGAGGCGGCGCUGGUGCUGGUGCUCGCGGUGGACUAGGUGGUGGAGGUAGAGGAGGGUUUGGAGGCGGUGGUGGUGGUGGCGCUGGUGGUGGGUUUGGAGGAGGAGCUGGUUUUGGUGGUGGACUUGGAAGUGGAUCAAUUCCUUGA